GAGAACGACGGGGCCGCCACGGGGCUGCACCGCGCAGCCCCCGCGCCGCCCUGGAAGGCCCUGGAAGGCCCUGGAAGGCCGUCCGGGCCGCGCGGCACGUGAGACGCGAGCCCGGCCCCCGAGCAGCGCGCGCACCACGGCGCUGGGCGUCGCGUGACUCGGCCCGGGCGCGCGGGGUGAGCGGCCGCCCGCGCCACUUCCGACGCAGCCCUAGGUUCAGGUUCCGGGGCGCGUCGGAGCGCGGGCGCCUGGCCGGCCGCGCGCGCGGGCGCGUACAGCGGCCGGGAUGGAGGAGGCCGCGGCGGGGGUGGCCGCGAACGGGGAGGCCGAACUGAACUGGUCCCGCCUCAGCGUGUCCCCGGAGACGCUGGAGUCGGAGCUGGAGGCGCGGGGCGAAGAGCGGCGGGGUGCGCGGGAGGCGCUGCUGCGACUGCUGCUGCCCCACAACCGUCUGGUGUCGCUGCCGCGGGCGCUGGGCAGUGGCUUCCCGCACCUCCAGCUGCUGGACGUGAGCGGCAACGCGCUGACCGCGCUCGGGCCAGAGCUGCUGGCGCUGCGCGGCCUGCGCACGCUGCUGGCCAGGAACAACCGCCUCGGAGGGCCCGGCGCGCUGCCCAAGGGCCUGGCCCAGUCCCCGCUCCGCCACAGCCUCCAGGUGCUCAACCUCAGCGGCAACUGCUUCCAGGAGGUGCCCCCCUCGCUGCUGGAGCUGCGCGCGCUGCAGACCCUCAGCCUGGGCGGCAACCAGCUGCAGAGCAUCCCGGCGGAAAUCGAGAACUUGCAGAGUUUAGAGUGUUUGUAUCUUGGAGGAAACUUCAUCAAAGAAAUCCCACCCGAAUUAGCAAAUUUACCUUCUCUGAAUUACUUGGUAUUAUGCGACAACAAAAUCCAAAGCGUGCCUCCUCAACUCUCCCAGUUGCACUCACUUCGUUCCCUCAGCCUCCACAAUAACUUGCUGACCUAUCUGCCUCGAGAGAUCCUCAACCUUAUUCAUCUGGAAGAAUUGAGUUUACGAGGAAAUCCACUGGUUGUUCGUUUUGUUAGAGAUUUAACCUAUGACCCUCCAACUCUCCUAGAAUUGGCUGCACGGACCAUUAAGAUCCGAAAUAUUCCCUAUACUCCCUAUGAUCUUCCUGGAAACCUUCUGAAAUAUUUAAGUUCAGCUAGCAACUGCCCAAACCCAAAGUGUGGAGGAGUCUACUUUGACUGCUGUGUCAGACAAAUUAAGUUUGUGGACUUUUGUGGGAAGUAUCGCCUCCCAUUGAUGCACUACUUGUGUUCGCCAGAAUGCUCCUCCCCUUGCAGUUCUGCCUCCCACAGUUCCACAUCCCAGAGCGAAUCUGACUCAGAAGAUGAAGCCAGUGUCGCUGCACACAGGAUGCAGAAAGUUCUGCUUGGCUAAAAGGGAGACCAGAAUGGGGUGAAAUACUAACAACACUGUCUAAAAGUGGUUAGAAAAGAAAAUGAGUCUUAGAAUUCACUAGAAACCUUACCUUCAUCAUGAGUGUCUGUAAAGGAGUCAGGCAUGUUGUAAAAGACUGUUUCAUCUGCCCCUACAGCAGGAAUGAGUCAGUUCCAUGUGUGGAUUCUUUGAAUUGAGUACACUGUGAAUGGUAAUUCCAGAUUUGGCUGGUUGUGAUUUUGACUCAAGUUUUGAAUGAAUCACAGCAGAAAGGUGCAUUCUUAAGAGUAGUGCCGGCAAAAGCCAUGAAUUCUGUAACUUGUGACAGUGGAGGUAAAGAAAUGGUGCUGUUAGAGUUAGCCUGAGGUUUAGGUUGAACACUAUAUUGUAAACAGGAUUUACCCUCUAAUUUUGCCCAUAUGUACAGAGUACAUAUAGCCGUUCCAGUAAACUCAGAGAUUAUAUAGGACCUAAACCUUUGUGACCAAUUAGCUUGUUUUUAAAUUAGCUGUUGAAAUUCUUCAGUACUUCUCCUUUGUUCUUUAUGAUUAUUAUCAAUCUUAGAUAAUUCAGCGAUGGCUUUAAUAGUGCCUUACUCCUAGCAAGAAUAAAGAAAUUUCUUCAAGAAAUAAUGCCAGAGCAAACUGUACCCUGACAUACCAUGCAGGGCGCCAUACAAUAUGCUUUAACAGGAUAAACUGCUUUUAGCGGCUGAGCUCAUAGCCACCUUCACUGCAUUUUUUGUUGGUUUGUUUGUAUAAACUUGCAGUGCCCCCUUUUAAACAUACUGCUUUUAUACUUAAUGGGAGGUCAUGAUCUUGACCAAUCUGUACAUUGUAGGAUAGUUUUUAACAGAAAAAUGUAGAAGAGAUGUGAGCUAGGAAAACUGCUUUAGAUGUUCAUUAAACGAAUGGGAAAAAGUUUUUAACAGUCAAAUAUAACUCCUUUAUUGUCUACUGAACAAAUUCGUGUAACUAGAAAAAUAAGACAAACACAGUUUGGAACAGAAGCCAUUGUGUUUUGUACAAUAGAAAAAUUUCCAAAACUAGUUUAGUCAUGGAAUAAGUUUUGAGAAUAAAAUACUGGUAAAAUAUUAAAAAUAUAUGCUAAAUGUAUCAUAUCUUAGAAGGAUGACAGAAAAAUAGUUCCACAGAUUAGUUUUAGAAAUUAAUUUUUAUUCACUAGUUUACUGUUCAGUGAAAUUGAAUAAUAGUAUAGCUGUAAGCUGGAAUUAUAAAAUACACCGGCUUUCUAGGAGUUAUGAAGUAGCCAGCUUGUAGUAGCAUGAUGGCCAUUGGCCAGCUGUGUGUCAACACAUUAAUCUCUUUUCUAUGGUGGUGCACACUAUUUCAAAAGCAGAUUACUGUAUAAUAAAAUGGUAUAUAUGUG